GGCAGCAAUGCUAACUGCUUCCUGUCUGUUUACAAUCGGUGGCAUGUAAACAAUUUGUUCUAAAUUAAAGAGGCGAUAUUAAGGUGUGGUUGGAUAAAAAAAAGAUUAUAAAAAUGACCAAUUCUAAAAUUGUUAUAAUGUGUUUUAGUAGAUAUAAAGUGCGUGUUAUGUGAUUUUAGUGUGUAUGUGUUUUUGUUUGUAUUGUAAUUAGUUUAAAUGUCAAAAGGUUUAGGUUAUGCACCAGUGGUCAUACUAGAACUACCAAAACCCAUCUUUUUCUUGAAAUGAGCAAUUGGGCAGCUAGAAUGCAUCGGCGAGCUGCCACUUUUGGUAAUGUUGUCACCUCCUGUGGCCACCCUACAGGACCCUUUCCUCGCCGUCUUGAAAAAGUCAAAUUUGGCGUUCCUCUGGAAGAAGUCUGUAAGAAUGAUAUUCCGGGACCACUUUUGGUACUUAUAUUAAAACUCAACAAAGAAGCACCAUAUAGAAAAGAUGUGUUCAGAGCACCUGGUCACCAAGGAGCCAUGAAGAAACUGAUACAUUUUUUACAGACUGGAAGACUGGUCAAUAUGGACAAUUUCAGUGUGCAUACAAUAGCAAGUGUUCUAAAAAAGUUUCUUAGAAAAGUACCUGGUGGUGUGUUCGGUAGAGACAUUGAAAAUAAAUUUUUCCAAAUUGCAGAUGUUAUGGAUUUUCGGCAACAACAAGAAGAAAUACACAAAAUAAUCAUUUCAUUACCUUCAUACACUCAAAGACUGUUGGUGUUAUUGUUUGGUACAUUCAGGGUAAUAGCUUCAAAUAGUGAAAAGGCAGCUACUGGUAUGACAAGUGAAGCUUUAGGAGUAAGUGUUGCACCAAGUUUUUUUCAUUCAUGUGUUAGUGAUGGCAAAACUGCAAGAAUGGAAGAUGUUACAAAGUUUAAGGUUGCUUCGAGAGUAAUGAAACAUUUAAUAGAUGAAUUUGCAAGCUCUAAUCUCUUUGGAAGAGAGAAUUAUGAGUACUAUGCUAGAGUUACAGGACGUGUGUUAAGAAUACAAGGUGAAUGGAUCUGUUCAUUCCAGUAUCCGCCACCCCCAUCAAAUGGUUCUUUUCCUAAUGAAUAUACGGCGCUUGAAAGAUAUUUGCUUGCUAUGUCACAAAUGGAUGAAUGUCAGUCAACACCAACUUUAUUAGAAGCUGGAAUAGAACCGCAAGUGAGCCUUAGUUCUUUAGGAAUUAUCGUCGGACACGAACUUCUUGAGUCUUGUACGCGGCUUUCGGUGUCAUUGGAACAAAAUGGUCUAUUUCAGAGUAAUGUUUCUCGGUCUUUGAGUGCAAGUCAAUCUUCAAGACUUAGUCAAAAUUAUUCAGGUUUAAAAAUGACGUUGGAGGAACUAAAAGCUGUUAACAAAUACGCAGAGAGUACAAGAAGCUUAAGUUAUUUAUUGCAAGUGCAUGAAAGACAAACGGAAAGAAUGAAAACUAGAUCUCAAUGGUUCCUAGGUCCUCAAGUAGAUUGUGCUGGUUGUUGCAGUUCUUUAGACUUACCCCUUAACGAAAUGGAUGUAUCCGCUUUGACUAACGCAUUUUUAAGAAAAUCCUCUUCUGGGACCAUAGUUGGCAUUGCUGGGUUAUCUAUAAGUGCAGAAUCUGUCCAGAAACGGCCAAGUGUUAAACGUACAAAUUCCAGAGAUAAAAGGCUUCUUCAUAGAUCGACUAGUAGACGAAAUAAGGAAAAUAAUCCACGUCCAAACAUCUAGACUUUUUUUUAAUUCCACAUUGAAAUUAUGUAUUGAAUCGUAUAUUUGUGGUUUAUGGAAUGAUAUAUUGAAUUUUAAGAUUUUUGUGUACCAUAUUUAUAUUAUAUGGAAAAAUGUCUGAAAUAUUAACUGGUUCUAUUUAAAACCAGCCCAACUAUCUGUGAUACUAGUUUAUAGAAAAUUGAUGUAUUAUUUAUAACUAUAUAUCUUUAAAUGCCAUUGUGUUCAAUGUCUAUUUCCUUGUUUCAAGAUUCUUUGAAAUAUAAAUCAACAUUUACAA